CUGUUCAGCAAGUGCCAGGAUGUGACUGUGAAAACUACAGGAUGACCACAAACUGCUUUGUGAAUGGAAAUGGUCAGUGCCAGUGUACCUCCUACGGGACGCAGAAUCCUGUCAUUUGCACAACUUUGGCCUCCAAAUGUUUAGUGAUGAAGGCGGAAAUGACUCACUCAAAGUCCGGGAGGAGAGUGAAGCCUGAGGGAGCGAUCCAGAACAACGACGGGCUGUACGACCCCGACUGUGACGAGCGUGGGCUCUUCAAAGCCAAGCAGUGCAAUGGCACAGCCACGUGCUGGUGCGUGAACAGCGCCGGUGUGCGGAGGACCAACAAGGACACUGAGAUCCAGUGCUCCGAGACCGUGCGGACCUACUGGAUCAUCAUUGAAAUAAAACACAAAGAAAGACAACAGCCAUACAACCUUCAAAGCUUACAGACUGCACUUAAGGAAAUGAUCACAACCCGUUACCAGCUGAAUCCAAAAUUUAUUACAAAUAUUCUGUACGAGAAUGAUGUUAUCACUAUUGAUCUGAUGCAAAACUCUUCUCAGAAGACUCAGAAUGAUGUGGACAUAGCUGAUGUGGCUUAUUAUUUUGAAAAAGAUGUAAAAGGUGAAUCCUUGUUUCGUUCUAAGACGAUGGACCUGAGAGUAAAUGGGGAACAACUGGAUCUGGAUCCCGGUCAAACUUUAAUUUACUAUGUUGAUGAAAAACCUCCUGAAUUUUCAAUGCAGGGUCUAGCAGCAGGUGUUAUUGCUGUCAUUGUGGUUGUGAUAGUAGCAAUUAUCGCUGGAAUUGUUGUGCUGAUUAUUUCCAGAAAGAAGAAAAGAGCAAAGUACGAGAAGGCUGAGAUAAAGGAGAUGGGUGAGAUGCAUAGAGAACUCAGUGCAUAACUGCUGUCAUCUGAAGAUUAGCCCCAAAAUGGGGAAUGAGCAAAAGGGUUACUAAUGCCUGAACGUGGGACAAAAAGAUCUUUGAGUAUUGCUAUGUUGUUUGUGAACGUCACAUAUUUGUAAUAGAGAAACCUGUACUCAGAAUAUAAGCAGCUUGAAAUUGGUAUUAUCAAUCUUAAAGUCUGACCACAAGUGUCUUACAUAUGCAGGUCUAAUGUUAAAACCCCUUGGACUGCAGAGUUAAAAUAUGUGUAAUAUUGAACAGUAUGUUCAGUAUGCUUCCAUACUAGAGUCUGAAAGAUCACUGUCUUGUGAUUGAAAGCUGCCCUUCUAGUUAUGUUGAGUCUUGUUCUGUACAUAU